UCUUCCUCCCCUUUGCUUUUUUCUCCCUCUCUCACUUCACACUUCUCCUCCUUCUUCUUCGUCUUCUUCUUGGAAAGAAAGAGAGAGAGAGAGAGAUAAGAUGGUGUUAGGAAAGCGUCAUGGAUCUCUGAUCAAGAGAACAACAAGCAUGAAGAUGAUCACACUCGAUACACCCACGAUCUAUGAUGCAUCUCAGCCGUCCGAUCAUCUAACCAUUCAUCAACACCAUCAUAAUCAGACGGUGGUGAUGGCUACUAACUACGAUGAUUUCUUGAAGACUUGUAGCCUCUGCAAUCGAAGUCUCUGCCAUCAUCGUGACAUUUAUAUGUACAGAGGGAACAACGCAUUUUGUAGCUUAGAGUGCAGGGAGAAGCAAAUUAAGCUGGACGAGAGAAAAGCAAAGAAAAACGGCUUCGUAUCAUCCAAGAAACCAAUUCGUAUUUAAUCGAUCGAUCAUGUAUGAUCUCUUAUGAUAAUAAUAAUUUUUCCUUUAUGGGUAAAAUUAGUAUGUGUUUGCGUUUUGUAUAUAAGAAUGAUGAAAAACCCGAGAAAAAAAAAAAUAGAAAAUGAGACUAAAUGAUUGUAGAGAUCAUAUAAUGUAGCUUCAUUAUAAGCUCUAGAGUAAUCAAAUUUGCUUUGUUCGUGUGAGUUUUCGUUGUGAUGUGUAAUAUGUAAUGUAAUAUCAAUAUUGGUGUAUAUGUA